UUUUCCUGUUAGAAGGGCGAGGGUGUUAACAUCCCUUGUAGCCCUUUCUGAUAAAUGAAGAUCACUCCCACUGGGUGUUCACUCGAGAAUUUUACUUUCAUUUCUUCCUUCUGCUGUCAGCUAUGGCGACUGCUGGUCUAAGAAAGGAGCUUGAAUGUUCCAUCUGUCUGAACCUUUAUACAAAUCCUGUAACCCUGAGAUGUGGACACAACUUCUGCCGGGUCUGUAUAGAUCAGGUCCUGAAUACACAGGAGGAGUCCGGGGUUUAUUUCUGUCCUGAGUGCAGAGCAGAGUUUCGGGAGCGGCCUGCACUGCAGAGGAACAUAACUUUAUGUAACAUAGUAGAGAAUUUCCUGUCUACUCAGCCGCAUCAGGAGGAGGUCACCGGGAUCUGCUGCACUUACUGUAUUCACUCUCCUGUACCUGCUGUUAAAUCCUGUCUGAUGUGUGAGGCUUCUCUGUGUGAUAAUCACCUGAGAGUUCACAGCAAGUCAGCAGAACACGUCCUAACUGAGCCCAGCACUUCUCUGGAGAGCAGGAAAUGUUCUGUCCAUAAGAAGAUCCUGGAAUAUUACUGCACUAAGGACGCGGCUUGUAUCUGUGUGUCUUGCAGUUUGGCUGGAGAACACCGGGGACACCGGGUGGAGAUGCUGGAUGAGGCCUCUCAGAAGAAGAAGGAGAAACUGAAAAAUGUUCUACAGAAACUCAUCACAGACAGAAUGAAAACUGACGAAAGAGUUAAAAGUCUGGAGGAUCACUGGGUAAAAGCCCUAGCAAAAGCAGCUGGAGAAGAAAAAAGAGUCAUAGCCCUGUUUAAAGGCAUCAGGGGACAGCUGGAUGACCUGGAGAAGAAGGUCCUGAGGGACAUUUCCAGGCAGGAAGAACAGGUCUCACUGUCACUGUCUGAUAUAAUCGAGAAGCUGGAAAUAAAGAAGGACGAGCUGUCCAGGAAGAUGAGACACAUUGAGGGGCUGUGUAACAUGACUGAUCCACUGACUGUCUUACAGGAACCAGACACAGGAUCGUUCCUGCACAUGAACCCAAGUGCUCUGCAAUGAACCAGACAAAACUGACAACAAUGAAUACAGAAGCAUCCAGUGGAUGAAAACUGGAAGCCGGGCAAAAAAAGGCCCCUGUAAAAACUCCUAAAAAUGUUUUCUUCAAAUUUCCAUCUGUAUGACAUGAUUGACCAGUUCUAGACAAGGCCAUUUACCCCCCUCCCUGACCAGAAAAUUCGUCCAGGAAUGUCCUAGUGGUCUCAUCACCCUUCACGAAUUUCGAAAGUAUUUCUGUGACUGUACAGUGGGAAAUGAAUCCUCAGAAUAUGCUGAACAGAUAUUCAGAACUCUGGACAACAAUGGGGACGGAAUAGUGGACUUCCGGGAAUAUGUCACAGCAAUCAGUAUGCUUGCUCAUGGAACUCCUGAGGAGAAACUCAAGUGGUCCUUCAAGUUAUAUGACAAGGACAAAGAUGGGGCCAUCACCCGAUCUGAGAUGUUAGAUAUCAUGAAGGCAGUGUAUAAAAUGAGCGUUGCUGCUUCAAUAACAAAUGCCAAUGCACUGACGGCAGAAGAGUGCACAAAUCGUAUCUUUAUUAGCCUGGACAGAGACCAAAAUGCUGUCAUCAGUCUUCAGGAGUUUGUGGACGGCUCUCUGGAUGAUGACUGGAUUCGAGAGAUGCUGGAAUGCGACCUUGGCACCUUGGAAAUAUAAAAAUCGCCAAAGAGUAAUCAGAUGAACUCCAGGUCCUCUAGAG